AUGGAUAUGAACCAUUUAAUAGGUCAGCGGUUCAACCUGAUCUCCAAGAGUGACAUUCGCUAUGUUGGUACCUUGCAUGAGAUCAACCCUGAAGCGUCCACAAUAGCUCUGGAAAAUGUCGUCUCCUUUGGCACUGAGGGCCGUCGAGGCAACCCCGCUGAGGAGAUUGCUCCGUCUGCCAGUGUUUAUGAAUACAUUGUCUUUCGGGGUAGCGACGUAAAAGACAUUAGCGUAGCGGAGGACAAGAAGGAAAAUGCACCAUCUGAACCUCCUCAGGUCCCCGAUGAUCCUGCUAUCCUAGGGAGCAUGUCCCGUCCUGGUCCAGGUCCUCAAGGCAUUCCUUCUCACUCGCAAGCACAGCAGCCUCAGGUCCCCCGUCCAACGCCUGGCUACCCCCAGCAACCUCAAUUCCAGGGCUUCUACCCUCCUUACGGGCAGCGCUUUGGAGCUCCUGGUUUCCCUCCUGGGCCUGGAUUUCCUAAUAUGCCGUAUGGAGCUCCUCCCCCAGGAUGGUACCCUCCCCCGGGUCAAGGAUUCCCUCAAGGACCAGGCCAGUUCCCCCCUCAUCAGAUGCCAAUUGGACCCCCCGGUCAACACCAGACCCCUCCGCCACAGCGCCAAGGGGCGCCUGGUGCGGGCCCUGUAAACGUUCCUAAAGCUACCUCGGAGCUUCCCGUUGGUGAAAGGCCCUCCAGUAAGCCCGCCAGCCGGAAUGCCACGCCUGCACCUCCUGUUGGUCAGAAUCCUCCUCCACCCCCCGUUGAAUCGAAACCUUCCGUAACGGAAGCCGUACAAGCAUCCAGUAUUUCCGCGGCGGUUCCGGUUGCACCCAUGCUUCCACCCACUGGACCCAGGAGCAGCCGUGUGCAGCCGGCAGUCCCAAUGGCUAUGCAUUCUAAGCCGCCAGUCCCAGCUGUAGGCCCUUAUCCCGGUGCUGUUGCGGGAGCUGCUGUGUCGCAAGGUACCGCUCCUCAAGCGGCCAUUACUGAAGCCACUCGUGCUGCCACUGCCGCCGUUGCAGCUGCGAUGGCCAAAUUGCCCCAGCCCGGCGCUCAGAAACUUCCUGUUCAAGGGGAUGUGUCGGUGGAUGGUGUGACCAAGCAGCUUGCUGAGAUGAAGCCCUACGAAGGCAACCGAGCUCCUCGCGGAGGCCACGCGCACCCACGGGGCGGACGCGGUGGUCAUCGCGCUCCCUAUCAGGGCCAGGCGAAGAAGGUUGAUGUUCCUGACACCGACUACGAUUUCGAGACCGCGAAUGCCAAGUUCAACAAGCAGGACUUGGUUAAGGAAGCUAUUGCCACCGGAUCUCCGGUCCAUGAAGCCGAGGCUGUCUUGCCUACAGGCGAGGCCGAGUAUGCCGAGAAGCCCAGCUCGGACAACGUCAACUCAUACAACCGGGCCACUUCCUUCUUUGACAACAUCUCGAGUGAAGCUCGUGAUCGGGAAGAGGGUACGGGUGCCCGUGCCGGUGGUCGCGAAUGGCGCGGUGAGGAGGAAAAGCGCAACAUCGAGACCUUUGGCCAGGGUAGUGUCGACGGUUAUCGGGGCAGCUAUCGGGGCCGUGGCAGAGGUAGAGGCUACGGCCGUGGCCGCGGAGGUUACGGUCGUGGCUACAACUCUCGUGGCCGCGGAGGUCUUCGUGGCGGUCGCAAUGCUCCUCAAUCCACCGGAGUGCCCACCCAGAUCUAA